GAAAAUGCUUCUGUGCGGGAGCGCAGGGGCGACUCCACUGACGGCUGCUGCUCAUCCUCGGCUCGGGCCAUCCUGGAGCGACCAGCGGAGAGGAACGGGGAGGUGGGCGAGAUUCUGUCGGGUGCAUGGGAGCGAUACCGGAGGGAAAAAUGGAAUACCCUCUUCCAGGAGACAAAGCUCGCGCUGUCUGGAAUGAUUUUUAAUGUUGUUUUCUCAUUUUCUUUUUUAACUCUCUUUCAGAAUUCCCCACUCUACCAAUAUCUGCAGGAUUUAGGGCACACAGAUUUUGAAGUAUGUUCAUCUGUGUCGCAGAAGGCAGAGCAAUGUGCAGCAGCGGAAAGCCAAAAAGAGCGGACUGUGCGUGCUGCCCAGAAACAAGGCAUCCUGUCAAAACUAGUUGAGUUCUUUAGAAGUUGGUUUCCUUUUCCACAAUAUAAGAAAAAUGAUGACAUACUUCACCGACUGGAUGUUGGAUUUCGGUUUGACACGCUGCGUACCAUCCUGCAACAGGAAGUUCUGCUGCAGGAGGAUGUGGAACUGAUUGAGUUCCUUGACCCCAGUAUCCUGUCUGCAGGGCAGAGUAAGCAACAGGAAAACCAACAGCUUCCAACGCUACGCUCCCUAGCAACUCCUAAUAUUUGGGAUGUCUCGCUGUUGCUUGCCUUCGUGAGCGCGCUGCUUGUGCUGCCUUCGUGGUGGAAGGAGUCGUCGUGGCCGCUGUGGGGACCAGUUCUGCUCGUCUAUGCGGUCCUGCGAGUGUGGGGCACAUGGAGGACAGCCAAGCUGCAAAUGUCCCUGCGAAAAUACUGCAUCCAGCUGGAAGAAACAGUGGCGAAUAGCCGGGCUUUCACUAACCUCGUGAGGAAAGCUCUGCGGCUCAUUCAAGAGACUGAAGUAAUUUCCAGAGGAUUUACCCUGGUCAGUGCCGCUUGCCCAUAUAAUAAAGCUGGACAGCAUCCUAGUCAGCACCUCAUUGGUCUCCGGAAAGCCGUUUAUCGGUCCGUCAGAGCCAACUUUCGAGCUUCAAGACUGGCUACUCUUUACAUGCUGAAAAACUACCCUCUGAACUCGGAGAGCGACAACGUGACCAGCUACAUCUGCGUAGUCCCCUUUAAGGAGCUGGGCCUGGGUCUGAGCGAAGAGCAGGUCUCUGAAGAGGAGGCGCACAACCUAACCGAUGGCUUCAGCUUGCCUGCGCUCAAGGUCCUCUUUCAGCUCUGGGUAGGGCAGAGCUCAGAAUUCUUCAGGAGGCUGGUGCUGCUCCUCUCCCCAGCCAACGCGUCCCCCAAGACCUUGGUCUCCCCUGAACGGCUGCCUCAUCAUAUCUUGUCUGAUGUGACCCAAGGCCUACCUCAUACACAUGCUGCCUGCUUAGAGGAGCUUAAGCGAAGCUAUGAGUUUUAUCGGUACUUUGAAACUCAGCACCAGUCGGGUUUUGAACGGCCAGCCAGAACAAAACAGAAGUCAAGAGAGCUGAACAGCCUGCAGACGGCGGUACGCAGCUUGCAGCUCCAUCUCAAGGCACUGCUCAAUGAGGUAAUAAUUCUUGAGGAUGAACUUGAAAAAUUUGUUAGCACGAAGGAGACACCUGAGUUGACAACGGAAGCCCAUCAGGUUCUGGAACAAAAAUUAAAGUUUAUUCAGCCUCAUAUCCAGGCAAGCAACAGCUGCUGGGAAGAAGCCAUUUCUCAGGUGGAAAGAAUGAGCGGAAGAAACCCAAAUAAAAAAGGCAAGCCUGAAGUUUCCAGUGACAACCUACAGCGUACCACAGUACCUUUAACACAGCCUGCCAUAUACAUAGAAAACAGAGAUCCAAUUCCUGAAGAGCAGGAAUUGGAAGCUUAUGUUGAUUAUUCAGAUGUGGAGAAUGAAUACAGAAGGGAAGAUUUUUACUGCUUUUCCCAGGAAGAAAUCGAGAGACAAGAACGAGAGAGACAGGAAUCUAAGAGGGUGUUACAGGAACUGAAAUCUGUACUAGGAUUUAAAGCUUCAGAAAUAGAAAGACAGAAAUGGAAACAGCUGCUAUUCAGCGACCAUGCUGCAGUGAAACCCUUGUCUCCUGUAGAACCGCUGAAGCUACUAAGUAAUUUGGAAUCACAUAUGAAUUCAGAUACAGAAAAGCAGGACUGCAGCCAAAGUUGUGAUAAAUCUGAAGAAAAAGACUCUAAUCCAAAAGUGAAUGCUGCUGAUAAAAGCAGGACAGAGUAUUUGUAUGAAGAUCCUGAGAUGGAGAAAAACAAAGACAGUACAGCUGAUGAAGGUAUUUCUACAGGGGCUGAAGAAAGAAUGUGUUAUCAGCAUGAAGGGGAAGUUGAAGAACUCAAGCCGAGCAAUACGGAAGGAGUCGAGGUUUCACAACCUCCCUCUAAGGAUCCAUUACAUUCAAAAAUCAAGCAUAGGCUGGCCCAGCUCCACAUAUCAACAGAUUUAAACUUCACAUCUGGUCUGGCUGCACAAGUUGCUGCCAGGUCUUUCACUUUUACUACAAUGCAGGAAGAGACUUUUGGAGAUGAGGAGGAAGAGGAGGAGGAGGAGGAGGAGGAAGAGAAGACACAGGAGCAUGAAGACUCUGUGGAGGACUGUGAGAAUGAAGACAGAGGCUCUGAAAGUGAAGGGAAAGUAUAA